AUGUGGAAGGCUGCGGUGUUGACGUUUGGCCUGUUGGUGGCGCUGGUGGGUAUGGUGCAGGCUGCAGAGGGCCACGCUAACUCUAUCUACGGUGUGAAGCUGUGCGGGAGAGAGUUUAUACGGGCCGUCAUCUUCACCUGCGGAGGAUCGCGUUGGAGGAGAGGAGUUCCAGGUGACAUCUCCAUUGACGAGGAGACUGAGGCCUACAGCCCAUGGAGCUCCAACGCCAUCCCCGGCCUCGCCAGCAAGCAGCGUCCAGGAUUGGAGGCUCAGGGCUGGGCAGGCGAGGUCAGAGGGGGCUCUGCCGCUGCUGCGUUCAGUCGUUUGGCCCGGCCCAUCUCAGAGGAUGUGCUAGACAGUGCGGACAGGAAGGGGCGGGAUGUCGUGGUGGGCCUCUCCAACGCCUGCUGCAAGUGGGGCUGCAGCAAGAGCGAGAUCAGCUCCCUCUGUUGA